CACCACGCAAAGAGACACCAAAAAAACCAUACAGGGACACCACACAAAGAAAAGACGGCACCGCACACGUACAUCAGGCCCUCUGCUCGCCCAACAUGAGCUGCAACAGCUUCCUCUCUCUUGGCCACUCGGCCUCUGCCUCUGCCUCUGCCUCGUUUCGACUCCCGCCAUGCCGCCCGUCCGGCGCGACCGGCCUCGCACGACGCCCGUUCACGACCUGCCCGACACGCCCGAGGCGCCCGACAUGCCCGAGGCGCCCUGGUACAUGACGGAGAGCGUUGCCGCAUGCAUUGAGCAUGUGCGUCCCCGCGUUGCCGAAUACGUCGAGCGCAUGCAGCGCAUGCCGCGCUCCCACCCACGCUGGGCCGCCGGGGCGCUAGCAUUCAUACUGGUCUUCUCCUGCUACUGCAUCCCCAACUUGAUCGGCUGUCCCCUACGCGCCGGGCUGCCGUCCGCCGCCCUCAUUCCACAACCCCUCCGCCACCGUGCCGACCGAGAUCCUGUGCCUUCCGCCACGCCGCUACUACACCCACCCCUACUUGCAACGCGAUGUCAACAAAGCCUACCGCCGCAUCUCCAAAUGCUACCACAUAGACAAAGCGAUGAUGCAUCCCGGCUACGGCGUCAACUUCACCUACGAAGACAUGCGGCGCGAGCACGAGUUAGUAUGGUUGGCACACAAGGCCUCACCGACUGCUUCUUCCCAAAUGAUCAAGUGGGUUAACGCGCGAGCCUUUGGCGAUAACUGGUACCGGCGUUCCUACGCCCAUGAUAUGAAACGGGAGAUUGAGGAUCACAAGGAGCGGAGGAGUACGCCGCCGAGUGGCACGGUUCUUGCCACAGAGCAGGUCGCUAUAGGGGAGGCCCGACGUUGCUGGUGCGGCCUUCGUCGCACGGCCUGGGAACACUCUACCGCCGCCUUUAUCCCCGCGCACUAGAGACGCGCUCCGCAGACGGCCGACGAGUAUCGCGCAACAUGCCCUCCAUGCCGCCUACCGGAUGCCUU